AUGAGUUCUACAAAACUUCCCAUCCGACCCUGGGCUGAACGCAAACAAUUGCUGUUGAAUGAAUUUGAAUACGAAACUCGUCAUUGUGGAGAAACAUUCAUCUGUCUACAAGAGGUUCUGAACAAUCAACUUGGUGAUAUUCUGGCUGGAUUGAAUCAGGACGCAGAGCCCGAAGAGCCAGAAUGGGAGUAUAUCGGCGUUGGUAGAGAUGAUGGUCACGAGGCUGGGGAAUAUUCUCCUAUCAUCUACAGACCAUCAGUCUGGGAGGUACUGCACUGGGAGACAGUGUGGCUAUCCGAGACACAGGAAACGCCGUCCAAGAACUGGGAUGCAGCCUCCAUCCGCAUUGUCACCAUUGGUGUCUUCACUCAUCGAGGUAGUCAGAACACGGUCCUUGCCAUGAACACCCAUCUUGAUGAUCAGGGAUCGCAGUCUCGUCUUGAGGCUGCAUAUAUCAUUACCGGAAAAAUUUCCGAAUAUAGCCAGAACAAAUUCGCAAAGCUCAUCUCGGGCACUUUCUUGGCCGGUGAUUUCAACAGCGAAGAGAACCAGGAAGCUUACCAAGAAUUGACAAAAAGCUUGCUUGAUGCAUACAAAGAAGUUGACAACUCGAGGCGAUAUGGUAACCACAUUACUUGGACUGGAUUUGGGUAUGAGGAUGAGCCAGCCUCGCGUAUUGACUAUGUUCUGGUGAGACCCGCCGGGACUCACGGCCAGAGGUUGGCAGUCAUUGGCUAUGCAGUGCUAGGGAAUCGGUUCGACGAUGGUGUUUUGUGCUCGGAUCACCGUGCUGUUAUUGUGGACUUGACACUCACAUAG